AUGCUUGGUCUUCUUCGAUUUUCGCAGCCGCGGCCGAGUGUUCUCGUCGUUUCGUUCUGGCUUGCUGCACUUUUCCUAUUCUUUUACCUUUUAAGUUCAUUAUCCUCUGAGCACUCAUCACUCCCAUUUUCAGGACAAUGUGGAUCAAGACACCCCCAGUCAGAUAUCAACAUGAAGAAUCUAGCCAUGUCAAAUGAUCAGUGCGAAGUUGCAUUUCCAGGAUUGUUUGUUGAGAUUGAUAGGAUGGUAGCGGGAAGAAAGGGUCGAAAAAUACGACUUGAUGAACUAGAGAAGCCUGAGUUUGAAAGCUCUUACGGAUAUAUCAGAGCGAUGAUUCGUGAUAACCAGCUUUAUGUGAUUACUGCAAAUGACGGUAUCAAUUCUCGCCGUCUCGCAACUCUCCAUUCCCUCCACCAAGCCAUAAUCACCAGUCCACACCCCUUUCCUAAUAGCGAGUUCGUUCUUGCCACUGGGGAUAAACUUGAGGGGGGCUACCUCGCCUGGGCGUUCGCUCGGGACGUUGGAGAAACAACUAAUAGCACCUGGCUCAUGCCCGACUUUGGUCACUGGUCAUGGCCUGAGCCCAAAGUUGGCUCUUUUAUCGAAACUCUCCUCAAAGCUGAUGCUGUCGAUGCGGAAUAUAUAUCACCUAGAGACGGGAAAUAUUCACUUGAUGGGAAGGAAAACAAAUUGGUUUGGCGUGGUGCGGACUUGGGGUUGGAUAUAAGGAAAGGCCUGUUUGAUGCCACGAAGGAUAAGCCGUGGUCCGACAUUAAAACUGUGGAUUGGGGAAACCCGGAAAGUGUUAAAAACGACCUUUUGACAAUGUCGGACCACUGCCGGUAUAAGUUCCUGGCGCAUGUGGAGGGAUACAGUUACAGCGGGAGGCUCAAGUAUCUGCAAGCUUGCCACUCUGUCAUCAUUGCCCAUAAAUUGAACUGGGUUCAGCAUUACCAUUCACUCAUGGUUUUGCAGGGACCACUACAAAACUUUGUAGAGGUUAAGAGAGAUUGGAGUGAUUUGGAGGAGAAGAUUCAAUUUUUGAUGACGAAUCCUGCAAAAGCCGAAGAGAUCGCAGCAAGGAGUAGGGAGGUUUGGAGGAGGUACUUGAGUCCUGCCGCGACCAACUGUUAUUGGAGGAGGCUUUUUGUGGCGUGGGGAGAGUUGCUGGACUUUGAGCCCCAGUUCUACAGUGACUCGAUCACGUUGGGCGGAAAAGGGAAAAGUGGCCGGGAAUGGAGAGGGGUACCAUUCGAGAGCUUCUCGCUACUUCAAAAGAUUCAUUGGGAUCCUAUGUAA